CACACUCAAAAUUAUUUGGCCUUGCUAUCUUAGAUGUGGCCUUUAAAGUUCACUAUAUGACCUUGUCACUGACCCCUCAUUGGUUGGUGCCAAGACGACUCCUAGUCCGUACGAAUGAUCACGGGAGUAUAUUUUAGCGACAGACUUCUUCAACGAUGGGCUCUAUAAUGACAAGUGAAAAACGAAUUGGGACUCACAACGGUUGCUUCCACUGUGACGAAGUGCUAGCAGUUGUCCUACUCAAAUAUCUUCCUGAAUACAAAAAUGCUACCAUAGUGCGAUCUCGCGAUCCAGACAUACUGUCUACUUGCGAUGUGGUCGUUGACGUUGGUGGUGUUUAUGACCCUGAAACACUUCGUUUUGAUCACCAUCAGAAGGAUUUCUCGUUAACAUGGUCGCAAUAUUUCGGCGUGAAGAUGUGGGAUGUUAAACUAAGCAGCGCUGGACUGGUGUACGUACAUUUUGGCAAAAGAGUACUCUCUCUUCUGACUGGCCUUGAAAUUGGACACGAAGCACUAGAAAAGAUAUACAUGAAAAUAUAUGAAUCGUUCAUUUUAGAAAUUGAUGGGCAAGACAACGGUAUUCCACAGUCUAAAACUCCAUUGAAGUACAAUAUAAGCACUAGUUUAUAUUGCAGAGUUCGACGACUUAAUCCUUGGUGGAAUAACGAAUCAGAGGAAUCAGAAACUGCAUUCCAAAGAGCAAUCAACUUAGUCAGUCGUGAAUUUCUUGAUACUGUGGACUACUUUACUAAUUGCUGGUGGCCUGCGCGAAAUAUUGUAGCUAAAGCAAUGAAUGUUCGUGGAGAUGUAGAUUCAUCGAGAACUAUCAUAGUACUAGAUAGAUCCUGUCCAUGGAAGAGCCAUCUAUUUGACUUAGAGCGUGAAGAACGUAUGGAAACAGUCGUUUAUCCGGAACCACUCCGUCAAACAAGUUAUCGUCCUAUACCAAAGUUUCCCCCUCAAAUUCUCUUUGUCAUACUACCAUCAGAUGGUAAUUGGGUUGUUCAAGCCGUACCAAAAGACAAGUUUGGUAUUCGGUUACCAUUCCCUACCGACUGGCGUUCACUUCAAGAUGAUCAAUUGUGUGCGAUGACUGGAAUAUCAGGUUGCAUUUUUGUGCAUAACUGUGGUCAUUUAGGUUCCAAUAAAACACGUGACGGUGCAAUUGAAAUGGCACGUUUUGUUGUAAAUGAAUCAAAACUUCAACAGGAGAAUGUUAUUCGGACUGCCUUAACUCCACCAAAAUUCAGCCGUGGUCGUGGUCGCAAGUCUUUUGUGAAUAACCGUAAUAAAAAAUGUUAGUUUCUCUUUGUUUUUGGAGACCCUAAUUUUUUAAGAAGAACCGAAGUAAGAGUUUCGAAAUUUUUAUUUCAUUACUGAGUCAGUAUUUUUUAAACAAUCAGCUGUGUACCUGAAAUUUUUGAGGAUAUCGAUAUUUAUUUUUAUUAAUUCGUAUUGUGUAAUUCUUUUAUUCUUAUUUUCAUAACUCACUCGUAAGAUUUAUGAAUGUAAUUAUUUGCGUUCUUGCAUUUGCUGUACAAGCCAUGUAUAACGAAAUUAACCUGAUUUAAUCACUGUUUAUACAACCGCGGAAUAUUUAUAUUCCUUCUUAUUUGUUGAUAUUUUCAUAAAAUAACUUUACUUCAACCUGUUUCUCUUUAUUUUUUUAUUGUUUCUUUCGUACUUUGUGUUACUUUUCUAAAUAAAUAAGGAACAUGUCUCCUAGAGAUUUUUUUGGAUAGUUGGUGGAUUUAAGGUUGAAUGUAGUUUGUUCAAUCCGAUAAUCAUGCGCACAUUCGAAUUUGUAUUCUCUUCGUUCAUUAAAAUCAUUGUUUUGAUUCUCAUAUCAUGAAUUGUGUGGUUGUGAGUUCUUGAAUUUUUCGUUGUCAUACCAUUAAGGACACUGCUCCAACAAUUCUGGUUUCCAGGAUAAGUCAAAUUUAGUUUCUAGCCUGGUUCAUUCUUAUGUAGAGGGGAAUUCUCGCCUCUCACAUUAGGCUUAUUUUAGUUGCCAAAGUUCAUAGUCCCAAUGAUUUCGGAUUUGGUAAGGUGACACGAUGACAAUGUCUUACUUGCCUAAUUGUCCAUCUUAUCCGAAUCACAACUGGAAGUUGAGGUGACACUGCGUCCAUCAAGCCGCCAGAUGCCGCAGCUACGAUUAGACAAAAUUGCUUCCGUUAGUAAAUCCACUCUAUCUUUUAUUAUUUUGAUUACUUUUUUGUAUCUAGCUUAGCUGUGUCUGGAACAUGUUUGUGUUCCGUAGGCUGCUUUGUAAUCACUCCGUAUUUCGUAUGAUAGCCCAACUUACGCUUCGCUAUACGACAAUUCCGUACAUCUCCAAACAUUCUUGUCGUUAACUAAUUUCUAUUUUGUAAAUUUGUAGACACUAUCAGGAAGUUGGGGACG